AUGGCCAGCUACAUCCCCGUCCCCUUCGCUGACGUUGGCAAGGCUUCCAACGACUUGCUCGGCAAGGAUUUCCCCGUUGGUCAGACCAAGUUCGAGGUCAAGUCCGUUGCCCCCGGCGGUGUCACCUUCAACGUUCUCGGUAACCAGGACAACAAGUCUGGAGCCAUCAACGGUGAGCUCAAGACCAAGUACGUCGACUUCAAGAACGGCUUGACCGUCACCGAGGCCUGGACCACCGGCAACGUCCUCACCACCCAGAUCGAGCUCGAGAACAAGGUCGCCAAGGGCUUGAAGUUCGAUGUCACCGCAGGCUUCCUUCCCUCCGAGGGCAAGAAGAACGCCAAGGUCGGUGUUCAGUACAAGCAGCUCGGCUUCAACUCGCGCGCCUACGUUGACCUCUUCAAGGGCCCCACCUUCACCAGUGAUGUCGUUGUUGGCCGUGAUGGCUUCUUGGUCGGAGGAGAUGUCGCCUACGAUGUCAGUGCCGCUAAGGUCUCCCGCUUCGCCGCCGCUGCCGGCUACACCACCCCCGAGUACUCUGUUGCCCUCCACGCCCAGAACUCGUUCAAGAUCUUCUCUGCCUCGUACUACCACCGCAUCAACGCUGAUCUCGAGGCUGGUGGAAAGGCCGUCUGGGAUGCCAAGGCCGAGAAGGGCGCCAAGACCCCCGUUGCCCUCGAGGUCGGUGCCAAGUUCUACCUCGACCGCGAUGCCUUUGUCAAGGCCAAGGUCAACAACGCUGGUGUUCUCGGCCUCGGAUACACUCAGGCAAUCCGCAAGGGCGUCAAGGUCUCCAUUGCCGGUCUCUUUGACACCACUAAGUUGGACCAGCCCGCCCACAAGCUCGGUCUCUCCUUCGUCUUUGAGGCAUAA